ACAGUCCUAUAAGGGGCCGGCAGAAGAGAAUGAAUUUCUCAUACUGCGCCACUGUCAACUAGCAGAAGCAGAAAGCUUUCUGCGAGUGUUGUCGUUAUCGAUUAUUCUUUUCUGCUUGCCAGAGCAGCAAUACCUUCGUCUGUCUAUUCUAAGAGCAUUUCCAACAUGGGAUCUGUCGUCAGCAGGACAAUGGAGGAUGGCAUGUCGAAGAACCGUGAAUUUGUUAAGGAAUUGAAUACAAUUAUGGUGGAGAGGCAGCUUCAUUCUCAAAACCAAAUGAGAGAGCGCCUCAUGGCCAUGCAAAUAGCACGGGCUCGUGAAUUGCUGAAUUGGAUAGCUGUCUUCUACGCUGUCAGUGUGACUACCCUUUCCAUGUCAUAUCGGCGGACAAGGAAACCCGGUUUCCUGAUGCCCAUCAUUCCACUCUCCUUCAUUCUCGCAUAUCAGGCAGAUCUUUCUUAUGGAACCAAACUUCACCGCAUUAGAGCCGAAGCAGAGCACAUAAUGACACAUGAAUCUGAAAAUCUGUUCCUGCCGUGUGGGGUGCCCACUGUUUCCAGCAUUGAUCUUGCCCGACAAGUUGAAAGCGAAAGGCAAAAGCUGCACCCUCACAUGCCAACUCUGUGAAACCCAUAUCUGUUUCAAAGAAAUUGGCACUUGGGGUUUGUGACUUAAUAAUGUUGCAGUCCCUUUCUUCACUUGGAGAUCCCAAAGGUUUCAGCAAAAACUUUCCCUUAUUUCAAGAUCAUUUGAUCAUUCUGUUAUUAUCAUUGUAUGUACUUACUGAAAAAUUGACAAAUAGUGGGUAGUUCAAUUUUUUAAAAAUAUUGUUGUUGUUUCUGAAGUGGCAUUGGCACUGAGCAUUGGCAUGUUGUCAUGAUCCCUUAGUGUCUUUUGGACAAUAAAUACAUAAGUACUUACAGAGGCUUAUGGUCCUUGCUACUUUUUGGAAGUUGAUAUUGUGUAAAUCUUUGUUACCAAUAUUUUGGCUCCAUGUUAAUGUAAUUUUUAGUGAUCUUUGUGUGAUCUGCAACCUGAGACAUUUUUUUUUCUAUUUCAAGCCUAAUUGACAUUUUGUGAUAACUGUGAAUACUCGCAAAUUCUUGCCGUUUAUUUGUUCAUUCCUGUCACCACUCGUAAACACCACAAGAGUGAUGCAUUUUUUUGUCUGUUUGUUGAUAAGGUGUUUCUAUGUUACUUGUACUUGUUUAUGCUGUCCUGAACCGUAUUUUUUAUUAAAUUUAGGUCUUGUGA